CACUAGCCAAUGGCUGUCUGCCUAAACUGGGUCCCUGGUCUCCUGGGACCUCUAGUCCUCUGUUGACAGAGAGAAGCCAAUAUCUCCGACAAGAACCCCUUAAUCUUCAGGGCAGCUCCCAGAGCAUGGACCCCUCCUGAUUCCACGGUUAGCCUGAUGUUCCUCACAGUCAAGCUGCUCCUGGGCCAGAGAUGCAGUCUGAAGGUGUCCGGGCGAGAGAGUGUAGCCACGCUGAAGAAACUGGUGUCCAAGCGGCUGCAGGUGCCUGAGGAGCAGCAGCACCUGCUUUUCCACGGCCAGCUCCUGGAGGAUGACAAGCGCCUCUCGGACUACCGCAUCGGGCCCAAUGCCUCUAUCAAUGUCAUCAUGAGGCCCCUGGAGAAGAUGGCGUUAAAGGAGGCCCACCAGCCCCAGGCCCAGUCCCUGUGGCACCGGCUGGGACUGGUCCUAGCUAAACACUUUGAACCACAGGAUGCCAAUGCCGUGCUGCAGUUGCUGAGGCAGGAGCACGAGGACCGCCUGCAGAAGAUAAGCCUGGAGGACCUGGAACAGCUGGCCCAGUACCUCCUGGCAGAGGAGCAGCACGUGGAGCCAGCUGGAGAGAGGGAGCUCGAGGCCCAGGGACAGCCUCAGAGCUCCUGCAACGUGGAAGAGGAGGAGGAGGAGGAGGAGGAAGACCGUGAUGCCCUGAGGCUCCCCAACAGCCAAGAGGAGAGGGAUUUCAGGGAGCUGCCCCUUGCUUUCCGGGACAGCAGUGUUCAUAAGAGUCUGCAGAGGGUCCCCAAGCAUAUGGAUACUUGUGUGCACACCUUCGUGCAAUGGAUGCCAGUGAGCUCUCAAGGGCAGCUGCACAUGCACAUUGGCCCAGACCCACUCCCCAUUGAGGACCUGAACGAGUCAGGAUACCUCUCUGGGGGAUGUAUGGCUGUGUCAGGGCUAACACUGGACCUGCAGGAAGCUGCAGAGCUGGCUUUCCUAGCCGGUCCUUGUUGCCCUGAGCAGUACUCAGGCUCACAGCCUUCAGAUGAAGCCUCUGCAGAGGCAAUGAAUGCUAAAGGAGGUGAUGUGUCUGUGUGCCAAUGGUACCGGCGUGUAUACAAGUCCCUCUGCCCCAUAGCCUGGGUCACAGACUGGGAUGAGCAGCGGGCUGAUGGCACUUUUCCUGGGAAGAUCUGA